CUUCGGAGGCGAUGUAAAACAUUCGUGAGAUCUCGAACUACACAGAACUUGUACAGAGUGCAAAGUGCUAAUCGUUAUUCAUACAAAAUGGACAUCGAUUGACCAGGAAACUUGAAGCAAACGAAAGAGCAGAAUGUCUUUAUUUCAUCCGUGCGGAACGAUUAAUCGUUAAUUGUGUGUAAAUGCAUUUUGGGUGAAAAUCCAAAACGUCUUCAGUCCAUGGGUCUGCCAAAAUGGCGGCCGCUGUUUAUGUAUUCGCUGCUUUUGUUAUAUGGAAUUUGAUGUGUUUUAGUGGAACAAUUGGCGUGCAGCUACAAUGUCCGACGUAUUGUAAUUGCUUAGGAAACCUUGUAGAUUGUUCUCGACAAGGUCUAAUAAAUGUUCCCAAAGACCUCAUUUUCCCAGUUUGGACAACGCGAUUGGAGUUGCAGAACAAUGGUAUCUCCUCCUUGUCUAAAGAUGAUUUUAAAGGAUUAAGAAACCUGACCCAGCUAGACAUCAGUUCCAAUGAUCUUCACUUCCUAAAUGACAGUGUCUUUGAACAUCUGACGUCUUUAGAAAUUCUAAAAAUCAACCACAACAAACUCAAUGAAGUGCCAAAACUCAAAGGACUUGGAAAGCUGAAAGUUUUAGAAUUAAACCAUAACCACAUAGGAACCCUGGUCCCGGAGUUCAUGAUUCACAUGGUCCAGCUGACGUCCCUAGAGCUGAACCACAACUCACUGACCGACAUCAUACCAGGGGUGUUCCCGGCCAACAACUCACUUCAAAAACUUGUCCUGAAUAAUAACUACCUGGAGUCUUUCGAGUCGAACUGCUUUGACAACCUGACAUCACUGGAGGUUCUGAAGAUCAACAAAAACAAGGUGACCACCAUCUCCAGAGAUAUCUUCAAGAAGCUGACUAACCUGCAAACUUUGGAGAUGACAAAGAACAAACUGAAGAGAAUUGGUGGACUGACUUUUCAGGAUCUGAAGAAUCUGAAGACACUGAAGUUGAGGAAGAAUAUGAUAACAACGAUUUCUGAUGGAGCGUUCUACGGCCUGGACAAACUUGUCACAUUGCAGUUGGAACAUAACAACAUGACCCGAGUGACCCAGUCGUGGCUGUAUGGGUUAAAAGGCUUGAGAGAGAUAAAUCUUGCACACAACAAGAUCAAGACAAUAGAUCCCGAGGCAUGGCAGGGCUGUGUUUCAAUUGAUACAAUAGAUUUGUCCAACAACAGACUGGUGACUAUCAGCGGUCUGGCUUUCUCUAAGCUCAGUCAUCUGAAGAAACUGUUCCUCAAUAGUAACAUGAUCACCAACAUCCAGGAUGGAGCGUUUCAGCAUCUACAGGAGCUGGAGGAACUGGAACUGAACAAUAACGACUUGUCCUGGACCAUUGAGGAUAAGUCUGGAGUGUUUGUGGGUCUGGAGAUGUUAAUGAAGCUAAAGCUGGAGAAUAACAAGAUCAAGUCCAUUGCUAACGAUGCGUUCAAAGGCCUGACCAACCUACGGGUUCUCAGUUUGAACAUGAACAACAUCACGUCCAUCAAGAACAACGCCCUGGAGAGCAUGGCCCUACUACAACAACUGUACAUGAAUUCGUCCAGCUUUCUGUGUGACUGUCAGCUUCAGUGGCUGCCCACGUGGUUGAUUCAGAAGACAUUCCACACCAUGGUCACCGCUAAGUGUGCUUACCCACCCAAACUCACAGGGAAGAAUAUCUUUCUGGUCCAGUCUGACGAAUUCAAGUGUGAUGGUGAUUUUCUAAAGCCAUACAUCAUGUCUCACCCUAAGACCAGGGUGGCACUGAAGAAUGACAAUAUAACCUUGACCUGCCAGGCAGUCAGUACAGAGGAUUCUGGGACAGUUUUCAUCUGGAAAAGGGACAAUGUGGUGUUGACAGAGGGGAUGGACAACACUAAGGAGGCAGGGGUCCUGGGUGAUGGAAGAUCUAUUUAUAACUUCACCUCCCACCUCAACCUCAGAAACAUACAGGAGAGAGACGUGGGAAACUUUCAGUGUGUAAUCACCAAUAAGUUUGGCUCCGCCUACUCCAAUAAAGCUAACAUCACCAUUCAUGAAUACCCAGAGUUCAUCAAGACUCCCAUUAACGUAACAGUCAAGGUAGGAACGACGGCCAGAUUUGACUGCUCAGCGAAGGGAGAACCGAAACCUAAGAUUGUCUGGAGGAAAAACGGAGGGACGUUCCUGGCGGCUAACGAGAACAGAUUCCACGUGAUGACGGCGGACGACGUGUUCUUCAUCGCUCAGGUGAAGCCAGAAGACGAGGGGGUGUACAGGUGUACGGCGUCCAACUCAGAGGGACAAAUCAGCAUCAACGUUACAUUGUCUGUUCAACAACCACCAUCCUUUACGGAGCCUAUGAGGAGGACCAAAAUUGUAAAUGAGGGACAGACAGCAGUGCUAGAGUGUAUGGCUGAGGGUCGUCCUAAACCAGUGCUCACCUGGAAGAAGGACAAUCGCACCCUGGAUCUGACCAACCGCCACUUCCUCGCAGCACAGAAACAACUGCUCAUCAUCGUGAAGACUACCACGACGGACAGCGGCAAGUACACCUGUGAGAUGCAAAACACACUGGGAAGCCGCAGUGGCAACACCCAUCUCCACGUGCAGAGCCUACACCAUCCCGUCAAAACUAACAAUCAGAGGCCUUCAUCGGAAGAUAGCUCUAUAGACGAGUCCACCACAACGGGAAUUAUUAUCAUUGCUGUGGUGUGUUGUGUGGUGGGAACCUCCUUAGUAUGGGUCAUCAUUAUUUACCACACAAGGAAAAGGCACGAGCUGUACACGCCGACCUCCACUGAUGACUCCCCCAUACCAGCAGACUACAUGAGUCAGCAGCAGUAUGAGGAGGAGGGAGGGGUGUACCCCCACCAGGUGAUGAUGUACCACCCCGGGACUUACCAGUACCAGGAGUACCAGAGUAAGGAGUCAGGGUACGAAUCCUCCUCAGGCAGAAUCAGGAACGCCAGAGCGGCGGCCAUCUUUCCCAGCGAUGUGGAGGACGGGAACCAGCAUUCUGGAUCCAGGGGACUUGUUGAUCAUUCUCCAGAUAACAGUGCUUCAUAUCCAAACAGUGAAACAGACUCACUCAAAAGUUCUCAGAGUACGAGUAGCACUCACACCAGUGGUCAGCAGACCCUGAGGACAUUCCACCCCGACAUCAGAGAGGUCCCCCAACCUCCCCCUCUCCCCCCCUCAACGAGAACCCCGAACAAGUGCUCAGAGCCCAGUUAUUGUGAGAACUGUGAAUUGUGUAGGGGUGAUCAAAGUGACUCGCAUCAAUGCCAAAGUUUAAACAGACAUUCUCUACUGAAUGGCACAUUCUCUAAUGGAUUAUCUCAUUCGGGAGUGCAUCAUGGUUCUCUUCCUCAGCCUCCUGGUGGCAGUAUUAGAGAAGUAGGAGUUUCAGAACGAAUGUGUGAUAGUCCACCACAACAAUCCUGUACAUGUUCAACUUGUCAUAAUCAUGUAUCUCCUGUAUAUAACUCAUCUCUCAGAACAAGCAAUGCAUGUUCUUACCACCAUAGUCCACAAUCAACCUCCCAUAAUGCCAGUAAUGGACCUUGUUAUUUAAAUACUCAUGAAAUUCGCAUUUGUGCAAAUCCCUGUUGUGCGCCCCCUGGUGAGAACAGGGAGCAUCGUAGUGACAAUCAGGAGGGGAGACCACUCCAUCGGUUCCGCUCGGCCGAGAACUGUAUGGUGGGUGACUACUACCACCGGGCCGACCCCCGAGGUCAUAACAGUCUGAACCGAAACUGGUCCACGGACAAAAUCCCCCCCACCAUUCCACCAAAACAGCAUAAACAUAUGUACAUACAUGCCAAUAAAUGCUCGCUGGCACAGAAUGGGGGUCCGCAUGGAAAAUACCCCCACCCUCAGAAUGUCUAGCAUAAUAUACUGAUGUAUAGUGCAGUGUUAUAAUUUUGUCUUUUCUCAUAAGCAAGCUUCUGAACUUUGCACUGUCAAAAUGUUUCAAUUGGCAAAAAUAUGUGUACCAUUUGCGAUGAAAAUAUCCCUAAAUUAUCUUAAAGUUAUGAAUACUUUGAGUUAAAUUUAUUUUUGAAAUUAUCAAAAAAAUUUAGAUGUACAGUGACAGUGCAAAUUUCAUGACCUUCUUAUAUAGUAUGUUAAUAUUUUAGCUGAUAAUAGUUUGAAACUAUUUCAAAACCAGUGAAAUUAUAACCAUUGUUGACUGUGAUCGUUAAAGCCAAAGGUUUUAUGUUUUGUUCAAUUUCGUUGUUUAAUACAAGUUCCUUAAUCAUGCAUUUGUUGAACUGACAUUUUUUUUUCUACCCCCAAAGAAAAGCAUUAGUAUGUUAUCAAAAGGCAAAAAUAUUUUUGAGCAUUUAUAAACCAAAAGCAUUAUAGAUGAUUUAUCAUUGUAGUAUAAAGUAACAGUUUCAACUCUGUUUAGUGCAUACCAUAAAAAAUGGUACACUGUAUAAAUUAUGAUUGCCACACAUUUAAAUUUGAUUGCUUUGAAUUUUCGGAAAGAUUUUUUCAUUCCAUGAAAAAAACUUGAAGUAUUUCUUUCUCUGUAUUCAAAGAUGUACAUACUUAUGUAUUAAAAUGAAAUACCUCAUACCACAAAUAUUUGGUUCAUACAUGUUUCUGUUUGAAAGUUGGACGAGUGAUUCUUGUUAUGCAAGUUCCAUUAUGAGGCGAAUUUUUAUCACAUUUUUCAUUUCAGAAUUGUGAAGUGUCCCAAAUAUUGAUAAUCAUUUUUCAAAUUUUUAAAGCAUUUUUGAAAUUUCCCCAUAAGUAAUAAUUUUGAGUUAUUUAAUUAAUAAAGAUAAUUAAUUAAGAAGAAGUUGGUUGGUGUUUUGAUUUGCAGUCAGUUCCGUUCUACCAGCAGCAUACAAGGUGCUUUAAAUGAUAUAUCAGUAUUUUAUAUUUACCAUUUGUUUGUAGACAGCAUUGUGUUUCACUGCUUUUGAGUUUUUGUAUGAAACAUUGUCAGAUGAACAUAAGGUAUAUAUUAUUUUAAAAAUGCAUUAUUAUCUAUGUGACUAUAUAAUGAAAUCCAUACCCAGUAACCUCCCUUUGUUACGAGACGUCUUUUUUUCCUUUUUUCUUUCACCCAUUUUCACUUACAUGUCGUGUUAUCAUUUUAUUUUCUCUCAUGGAAAAUUUAUUCCAUUUAAUUAUCCAUCCUAAAACAUAUUAAAAGUUUUAAUUUACUUAUUUUGGUUUCCAAAAAAGUCCUCAAUUUUUGUUUUCAAAUGAAAUUACUUUGGCUUUGUUUAAAGAAUUUUAUGUGCAUUCUGAUUGAUUUAAAAUAGAAAUAUUCCAUCAGUUGUAAUAAAAUCACAGAAAAAUGAAAUUAUAUUAGUAAAAAUUAUUUUUAUUACAUUUCUCAAGGUGCCAUUUGUUACAAGAGUUUAAUCAUCCUUUGUACACUGUUUUCAUAGUGUUUGUCUAUACUUCAUGUGUAGCUUCAACUCUUAUUUAUUUAUGGUUGUGUACAUUGUGACAACAUUGAAGCCGUUUCUGUUAUUAUAUUUGUACAGAAAAAUGACGAAAACAGCAAAUUAAAAUAUUUAAAAUAA